UCAUAUGUGCAAGCAGCUGAAAAGAAAAAAAAACGGAAAAUAAGGAAAAACACAGCAAAACAGCGCAGCACGUACGGAUGUACCAAUAGAUAGGUUCGGGUCGCGGGAGCACCAAAACAGCAUUAGCGUAUGUGUGUGUGAUCGGGUUUCGAUCGCAAAAGGAAGAAAAACCCCCGCAGCACCGAAACCAGGGAGCAGGUAGCUGCUCAUCCCGUCAAACCAGCGCUCAGCGGCGUUGGCAAAGAAACCUCCCACGGGGGCCUCGGGUUUUUGCGGAGAAAAGAUGAGCUGGUGUGGCUUCUAAAACCACACAGGUGUAUCGGUGGAAGUGGAGAAGAAAAUCUUGUUCCUCCGACGAGUGCCAGUGGGCCAAUACCCGGGGUGGACAGAGUUCGGAAGCGGAAGGGGGACCAAAAUUAGAUCUGCCAGAGUGGUGUGAGCGGAAAAACACCGCUAAGAAGAGUUGGUGCCCAACAUUGUGCCAACAACUCCUCCAUACCCAAACGCACACACGCAUAACACGCUCUUUUUCAGCACGGAUUGGCUGGAAAACGGGAACGGAAACGGAAGUGCAAAGUGUUUUCGUGCGAAGAAAAAUUUACAGAGCAAAAAGGAGAGAGAGAGAGCGAGAGUGAGUGAGGUCACAAAGGAAGUGCUCCCGGUACACACGCGUAUCGCAUCCCCUCCCUCCUCUGGUACCUUCCAUCCUCAACCGACGGAACAAUUUAGUGCCCAAUGUGUGUGAACGCCGUGCUGGUGUGUGCGCGUCCGAAUCACGUCGGCAUGCAGGAGGGUUGAUGGUUGAUUUGUUUGCUAAAUUGUUGCGCCCUCGCCGUUCCCUCCCCGCCCCACCCCCUGUUCCGACCCGUUCCGUGUUUAGGUCACUGGGUGGGCUGUUGGUAGUGUAGCCCCGUGGCGGGGGAGAAGAAGAAAGCAACGACACAUCCCCGAACACACUCGGUUGCGUGUCAUCCGUGCAUUACGCGGUGCGUGUAGAGUGUGAAUUUAGUGUGAGUGCGCGUGUGUGUGUCUGGUUGUGUGCGCUUGUGAGUGGGCUGCAUGCCAAAGGUCACCACCACCACAACUGGGUGAAAAUUCAUCCCAAUCAGCCCCUCACACCCCAAUCCGCACACACCAUUCGAUCGAAAGUGUGGAGCCUUCAGCCAACGACCAGGUCCAGCACCCAGCCCAGGACUUCUGUUUCCACGGCAACCAGGAACAUUCACAGCCACCACGACGACGAUGGAUGAGCUGAGCGAGGCGGAACUGCGGUACUACAAUGAUCUGUUUAAAAUCUGCAGCGAGACGGACGGGGCGGGCAAGAUACCGGCCCUGAAGGCGACGUCACUGUUCCGCUCGGCCAACCUGUCCAGCGAGAUCAUAAACAAGAUUACGGCACUGGCUGGCAUUCCCCAAACGGCACUGCACCUUUCCCGGCAGCAGUUUUACGGCUGUCUGAAGCUGAUCGCCGCCUACCAGGCCGCUGUCCCGCUGCGGGAAGAGAUUCUUACAACUUCGGUCAAUCUGCCGCUGCCCCAGUUCAGCUGGAUCGAUCCGGCGACGGGACCAUCGUCCGGGGCGGGCGACUCUUCGUCCCUUUCCUCGAGCAUCUUGUCGGCGGCGGGAUCGGGCAGCGGUACCGGGGCCGGCGGCAGCCAAACGGGCACGCUGGAACGCAACGGCUACAGUGAGGUGAACCGUCGUGCCUCGCUAAAAAUGGCUGGCGGUGUAACGGGUGGAGGCGGUGGUGCGGGAAGCACAACACAGGACAGCAGUGCCUCGACCGGGGGCGAAAUGACCAACUCCGACCAGCCGAGCACCGACUCCGAGGUGGAGCAUAACGAUGAUCCGGUCAAUAUGAUUCGGGGUGAGCGCGAGCGGCACACGGUCGGUAUGCUGAAGGGCGGUGGCAUUGUGAUGAUCGGCAACAGCCAUCCACUGGUGGGCGGGGGUGCCGGUGGUGGUGGUCAUGGCGGAGGACACGGUGGUGGUGGUGGAGGAUCGCCGGAAGCGUGGAGUACGGCAAGCGACAGCCCGACACCGACGAACAGCGUCGCGGAACGGCCGUGGGCCAACCAAACCCUCUGGCAGGGGUUGGUGUGUGAGGAGCAGCGGCAGCUGCUGGGCACGGAGGAGGAAUCGUCCGACCGGCACAGCAGCGACGAGGACGAGCAGGAGAUUGAUCUCGAGUAUUUCUACCAGAUUUCACAAACGCAGAAGGACUACUAUCUGAAACAGUUCCGCACGAUCCAGCCGGACGUGCACGGGCUGGUGAGCGGACCGGUUGCGAGGGUUUUCUUCGAGAAAUCACGCAUCCCGAUCGACGAGCUGCGACACAUCUGGCAGAUGUGCGACGUGACGCGGGAUGGCGCCCUAAACUUGGCCGAAUUUACCGCCGCCAUGCAUCUGGUGGUGCUGCGUCGCAACAACAUACCCGUGCCGGCCACACUACCCCCCUGUCUGUUGCCAACGCUACUGCAACACUCACUGCUUCAACCGGCAGCGGGCGGUGCAUCCGGCAGUUCCGCUCUGCCGGCCAGUGCUUCGGCCGAGUUGCCAACAACGACCGGUGGCAGCGGUUCUGGUGCUGCCGCCGGUGCGAAUGUUUCCCUCGCUAACGAACGAACCGAACCGGCGGAAGCCGAUCUGCUACAUCUCGAAAGCGAUGACAAUGUAGAGAGCAGCAGCCGGAAGCGGUUCGACGCCCACAAAGACUAUCAGCGCAUGGUGCCGGUGCCGGACACGCUCGCGUUUGCGAAGGUUGCUGCGCCGGCCGGUGGUAGCGCGCCGGUAGGGGCCAGCGUUGCCGCACACGAUGCCAGCCCGCCCUCCGUGUCGUCGGCGACCGGUGUUGGCAGCAGCAGCGGUACGACCGGCUCCGUAUCGGUCGCCAACGCCACCAAGGGCAGCAGCAACAGUGGCAGCAACAGCAGCAGCGCGGCUGUGUCCACGACUGGCGGUCGCAAAACGCCACCGAACGUUUCGCCGCCGGUUUUGGCGCAGCACCAUCAACAGCACGCGGCCGGCUCGGCCCAGAAGGUGAAACAAUCGGCCGACCAUCCCGUCACGCCACCGAACACGAAAACCAACAAGGAGUGGAACUCAACCACGAAAGAAUGGACCAAGUUCAUGGAAUCUCCCACAUCGAACGUCUCUAGUCCGGGCCCGAAGCCGGUCAACUUUGAUCUGCAGCGAACGACGCAGGCGAUUGUGUCCAAUCCACACAUUGUGCAUCCUGUCCCAUUACGUGUUACCCCUGUUGGUGCUGAAGCGGUCGAUAAUGGUAGUCUAGUCUAUGGUAGUGACGGCACCGGCAGUCUAAUGGUCGUCCAAACGAGGGACGAUUCCAGCCCGAAGCAACAAACUUCCCAGCAGCAGCAGCAACCGCCACUGACCCAUCAUCACAGCACGCCCCGGGACUCGCUCACGAACAGCGGCGAUUUACGUGCCAUCCAAAGACCGCAGCCGAAGAAACCACCGUCGAAGGGUGUCGGGGCGAUACCGCCACCGCCGCAGCGUGAUUCCGGCGGUGCCCAUCCAGCGAGCAGUGCGCACACGGGCAACGAUUCGAUGACCGUUUCGCUCGAUGCGUCCGGCUUUGCGGCUAGCAGCAGCAGUAGUGCGGGUGGCAGUAACGCUACCGCCACCAUCGAACGUUUGCCCUCGCUGGCGAAGAAACAAUCGGUCGAUCAGCAGCCACCGCCACCGCCGCUGCCGCCGCCGAGACCGUCCGCCCAUCGGCACACGCGCAGCAGCAGCCUGGACCUGAACAAGCUGAAGCUCACGACGAACAGUGCGGCCAUGGCACCGAUAGGCGAUCCGCUCAAGAUGCCACCACCGCCGGAGGUGCCACCGAGGGUAACGCCGACCGGGGAGGCACCCACCGGUCAUCGACAGCCGGCCCAUGGGUUUGCCGACUUUACCCACUUUCCCAGCGGAUCAUCGUCCGGACAGCGGAUUGGGUCAAUCGGUGAUUCGAGCAACAUCACAACGAUCCAUCUCGAUGCGGCCGGCAACAUGACACACCAUUCCACACCGCGCGGUUCCGGCACGCUGCCGAAAUCGCUCGUCAUGCAUCAGCCGCGCAACAGCGCGUUCGAGGUGUACCGUAAGCCGCACGCCGACGGACGGCUGGUAGCGGCAGCGGCGUCGGCUGCCCGCGGUUCCCAGUCGCCCCAGUCGCAGCAACCGCCGCUGGUCACAUCGCGCAGCGUCGACACGUCCGGUGCGGUGAUGUCCGGCGGCGGCGGCGGCGACUACGAUAAGCGCAUUUCCGCGCUGAGCGACAGCUUGCGGCAGGUCCGGUUUAAAGCGAACGAUCCGCCGCCCGUCAUGCCGGACGUGCUGAAGCAGCUGAAGGAGCAGAAUCUGCUGCUGCUGCGAAUAUGCAACGAUCUGAGCGAGGAACUGCUGCACAUUCAGCAGAAGCGGGAAGACAUUCGCAUUAAGAUCGAGCUGCAGGAGCAGAUACUGGGCGGUGGUGGUGGUAGUAACAGCACCACCUCCACCAUGCUGUCCACCGGUCCGUCUUCAUUGCCGGCCGUGUCCAGCACGUCCUCGUCCCACACCAACCACCACCAUUCGCACCAUCACGCGAAUCUAUGAGCGGGUGGUUCGGUCGGUUAAAUGUGACACGACUCCAUUGGUCCAUUUGUUCGUGCUCCGGGCACCGUUUUACCACCCCUCUUCCCACGGGGAUGCGACGGUUGCUCUGUGUUAGAUAGUGUGUUUUGCUCUGACUAUAAGGAAGCCAUAUAAUCAACAUCCAACUUGCAUGGAUACUGUGUUUAGCUCGUGUCCCGUUUAGCAGUUAGAUCGUCAAAGAUAUACAUCUCGAACGCAUAUGCGAAGCAUGUCUCCUCUCUCUCUAUCUUUCUAUAUCUCCUGCGCGAGCACACACACACACACACUUAUCCAUAAAGUUCCCCGUGUCUCUCGAAAAGAAACGAAUAAGACAUUGCACUUCGCAUUGAGCAGCGUUUUGUAAAUAGGGUCAGAGUGCGGUGGUGUUUUCGUUUUUUCCUCUUUCGUCUGUUAGCUAGAUUUAUCCUUUUGCCUAUAGUUAUCCGGAUCGAUCGAAUCUAUCUCGUGUUAUUGUGAAAUUGAUACUCAUCCCUGUGCCGUGUGUGUGUGUCUAGCCACUGGGACAAUAUUUGAUGGUUGUGUUUUGUUACUCCGCUGUCCGCUGUUGCUGGUGUGAAAGUGCGCAUGUGUUGUGUGCUGUACAUAUUUCCGCUUUUCUUACGAUUUUCAUUGAAAUGUCACUUCCAAGAUCGUUUCAGUAGCUUUCGAUUUAAGUAGGUACAUGAGGACAAGUAUGCAAAAGCGUCGAUCCUCUCGCCUUUUCAUCUAAGAUUUUGAGUUUGAGAUGCUCGAAGCGACACGAUGUCAAACUCAAACACACAUUGUAUCCUUUCCGUUAUAAAUUAUGGACCAAACUGUAAGCAUACGUUUUUAAGCUUGUUUUUUUUUGUAACAAAUAGCUUGUACUUUCUUGUCCUUGCAACGAACUCCCCCCCCCCCCCCCCGCAUCCGCUUUUAUCGUCAUUAGUUGCAGCAGUUCAUUCCUUGCUAAAUAUCUCCUCAAUUGCUAUUCAUUUAGUCCUCAAUGCGCUGCUCCUCUCUCUCUCUCUCUGUUCUCAGCACACCCUCUCUGUCCAGUUUAUGCCUUCCCAACACGCCGCACAAAAAUAGCGCCAUUCGAUGGCGAGAUACUUCGAUACGUUCGAAAUGCUUGAAAUCGUUAAAAUGCGCAUGCUGCUGUGCUGCGCUGCAAGCGAGGGAUCACUGUUAAUCAUUAAGCAACAAAAGAAGAAGAAGAAAAAAGGGAAUAUAUAGACAGAAGACAUACAUGUGUACGUAUGCGUGUAUGUGUGUCUGUGUUUGUCUGUACGUAUGUGUAUGUGUGUUGAACACUUCCGCAACCCGUUGACUGGCUUAGAGUAGCACACCCCAUGGUGGUGCAAUGUUUUUAAAUCUUACAUAUUUUAAUGAUGAAUUAAUAUACUUAGUCUGUAUAGCGCUCUUCUGCCUGUGUCGUGUCGUAACGCAAUGGAAACGCAACAAUACAAAACAAAACAAAAAAAUA